GCGCCCCCUCCUGCGGGGCGGGGCUCUGACGCACUUCCGGUUGUGCUAUGGUUCAGCCGCUGUGAGGAUUCCAGACUCCAAAGCGGUUCUGAGUCACGGUUUGGAGUGUGGCACUUUAAGAACCAGAAACCCAAAGGCUCCAGGCCUACUCCUAAGAGUCCUGCUGGUUCUGGAGUCUGUGUCAUGACCAAGGUGGUGGGCAUGGCCACAGUUCUGGGCCCCAGGCCACCUCAGGAGUCUAUGGGACCUUCGCCCAUUAAAGUUGAAGAGGAUGAAGAAAAAGACAAGUGCCGCCCUAGCCUAGAGCUAUCCCGAAAGCGCUUCAGGCAGUCUAGAAACCAGGACACUCUUGAGCCAAUGGGACCUUCAACCAUUAAAGCUGAAGAGGAGGAAGACAAGGACAAGGGCCACCCUAGCCUAGAGCUAUCCCGUAAGAGCUUCAAGCAGUUUGGGUACCAUGACACUUUGGAACAGUUGGGACCUUCGACUGUUAAAGCUGAAGAGGAUGAAGAGAAGGACAAGGGCCGCCCUAGCCUAGAGAUAUCCCGUCAGCGCUUCAGGCAGUUUGGGUACCAUGACACUCCUGGGCCCCGAGAGGCACUGAGCCAGCUUCGGGUGCUCUGCUGUGAGUGGCUACAGCCUGAGAUCCACACCAAGGAGCAGAUUCUAGAGCUACUGGUUCUGGAGCAGUUCCUGACCAUCCUGCCCCGAGAGCUCCAGGCCUGGGUACAGCAGCACUGCCCUGAGAGUGCAGAGGAGGCCGUCACUCUCCUGGAAGACCUGGAGCAAGAACUGGAUGAGCCUGGACUGCAGGUCUCAUCUCCAAAUGAACAGAAGCAGUCUUGGGAGAAAAUAUCAACUUCAGGAACUGCAAUGGAGUCCUUAAGCAGCACUGAGACCCAGCCUGUGGAUGCCAGCCCUAAAUAUGAGUUUUGGGGGCCCCUGUACAUCCAAGAGACUGGUGAAGAGGAGGUUUUCACUCAGGACCCAAGAAAGCGCCAAGGGAAGGAGACACAGAAGUAUUCUGACAUGCUGUCAUCCAGUUCAUACACAAUGUUACAAUAUGAGUGUGACAAUUCCCCGUGGCUCAUGUGCCACAAUGCUUGGUCUCCUCUUGGUGGGGCUACUCGGAGGAGAUAAAACCUAGCUGGAGGAAAGGGGUGGCAGGGUCCAUCCCUAGAAGACACCUAACUCCAGACUCCUUUUGUUGUUUUCCUGGUUGCCACGAAACGAACAGCCUUCACACAUUCCCACCACCGUGUUCAGCUUCCAUUGGUUUUUGGCCACAUUGAGCAGGUAACUGAGUUUGUUGAGGAUGUCAGCUGUGACUCUGUGGUUUAGGCAAAGGACUUUUUGUUUUACUGUUUAUUCAAAUAGUAUCUGUUCAGACGUAAAUAGAUUUCAGCAUCACAAAGGUCACCAGAGACUGACAUCGACUCCACUCAGUAAAUGAUCUCUUCUCCCACCUCCGUGGAAGCCUUAAGUCAUAGAAGUCAUGGCAGAGCCAGAAACAGAUAUCCAAGUCCAAUUCUUCAAAGGUAUUUCAACCUUUAGAAUGUAUUUGUGUACGUAUAUACCACGUGUGUGCCGGUACCAACAGAGGGCAGAAGAGGGCGUCAGAUCCCCCUGCAGCUAGAGUUAGAGGUGAUUGUGAACUGCCCAACGAUGGGUACUGGGAACCAAACUCAAGUCCUGUGGAAGAACAGCAAUUCCUUUUAACCACUGAGCCAUAUCUCAAACCCUGUACUUCAAUCCUUAGAGUGUCAUAGAUGGAGGAAAUACUGUAAAGGUCUUACGCUUCAAGUCAAAGUCUAAAAUGUCCCCAGCUACUAAAUAAGGCAACGAGAUUCUAAAAUGUCUGACCGCAUCUGUUAAGUUCCACAUCUGGAGAGGUGAUAUCAAUUCAUUGGGUAAUACUUAAUUUGUACAAUAAAUGAAUAACCUGGAAAAGGAAAAAAAAUGUCUACUAUAAUCUGUGAAACUGUGGGCCAAGAUUAAUGCUUACCUACACAUAAUGUUUUAUCUAUGUCAGUUAGUUGGUCAUAGCAACAGUACAGCAACUAAUACAUGUAGGCAGGAAGAGUGUAUGGGGAAAGAAAACUGCAGAGACUCAGGGGGAGGCUGGAAUCAAAGUCCUGGAAUGAGUUAACAAAGGCCAGGGCCACUUUAGGAGUCACGAAAAUAUGGGAUAAGGCAUGGAUCAGAUAUUGGCUGAGAAGCUGUAGGGAUGAAAAGGAAUCACACAGUGCAUUUAGAACAACUCUCAUGUUUGCAACCUGCCUCAAUGGGCAGUUGGUCCUAAUUAUCAUUCUUAGGCUGGACAUCAGUUAAGAGUAUGAAGGAGAAUGGCUCCCAUAGGCUCAUAUACUUGCAUGCUUAGUCCCAGUGUAUUGUUUGCCAAGGAUUAGGUGGAGCUUUGAAGUUUCAAAAGCCCAUGCCAGGACCACGCCCCUCUGUCUGUUUCUGCUCUGUCUCUGUACACACACAGACACACAGACACACACACCCCUGUGGAUCAAGAUACAAAGCUCCACCAGUGCUACAUUCCUGCCAUGAUGGCCAUACUCUAACCUCUAAAACUGUAAGUAAGGCCCCAACUAAGUGCUUCCUUUUAUAGCAGUUUGCUUUGGCCAUGGUGUCUCCUUACAGCAAUAGAACAAGUAGUAAGAUACUGUUCUUCUACAAGACCCAAGUUUGGCAUUUGGGAACCCAUGUGAGAUAGUUCACAGCCUAUGACUCCAGCUCCAUGGAAUCGAGUGUUCCUGCACAGCUUCCUCUGGCCUAUAACUCUGAAAUAAAUAAAAAUAAAUCUUAAGAAAAAGCAAAAGAAUUGUUAUUUUAGGACAAACUAUUCUGGUAACACAAUCAUCUUUAUGUGGAGAGAGUAUACAAUUUGAUUCAUCACUGGCAUUUUAAAUAAUGUACUUAACAAAAAUCUAUGGUUUAUUGGGGAGGGGGUUAUGUAGCUCUGGUUAGCUACAAACACAUGUAACUGAGGACAACCUUGAACUCCUGACCUUCCUAAGUGCUGGAAUUAAGCCCUCCCCAGUUUAUUCAGUGCUGGAGCUCAAACCUAGGGCUUUAUCAAGUGCAAGUACUCUACGAACUGAGGUACAUCUCUGGCCUUUGGGCCUUUUUUCUUUUUCUUUUUUUAAGUGGGGGAAAAGCUUUUUAAAACUAUCAUUUAACUGGUCAUGAUGGAUUAAUAUAUAAUUCCAGAAUUUGAAAAGGUUGCGGUGGGCUGGAGAGAUGGCUCAGCGGUUAAGAGCGCCCAACUGCUGUUCCAGAGGUCCUGAGUUCAAUUCCCAGCAACCACAUGGUGGCUCACAACCAUCUGUAAAGAGAUCCGAUGCCCUCUUCUGGUGUGUCUGAAGAUAGCUACAGUGUACUUAUAUAUAAUAAAUAAAUAAAUCUUAAAAAAAAAAAAAGGUUGCGGUAGGAUUGAGUUCAAGGCCAGCCUGAGAUACAUAGCAAGGUCCCACCUCUAACACAAACCAAAGCAAAACAACUUUUGCUUCUUUUUGUUUUUGUUUUGUAUUGUUUGCUAAAAAGAAACAAUCCAGCCAGGUGGUGGUGGUGCACCCCUUUAAUCCCAGCACUCAGGAGACAGAAGCAGGCAGACCUCUGAGUUCAAGGACAGCCUGGUCUACAAGGGUCUACAAAGUGAGUUCUAAGACAGCCAGGACCACACAGAGAAACUCUGUUUCAAACAAACAAACACACAAACAAACAAACAAACUCAAAACCAAAACCCUUCCUGGAUCAGAGACAUGGCUCAAAGACUCUUGUCCCUGCCAGGUCUGGUGACCUCAGCUUCAUCCCUGGAACCCACAUGGCACGAGAACCAACUUCUGCAAAUUGACCUCCACAUGCAUGCCAUGAUAUGUAUAUGCGUGCAUGAAUACACACACCAAAAAUAAAUGCAAAACGUCUAGACUGAGGUACAUAAUUCCUUCCCAGCAUGAGACACUGGGUUUAGUCUCCAGAACAAGGGAAAUACACCACCUUAUUUUGCUAUGAGUGAAAAAUGUCCUCUAAAUUUUUAUUUGAUAAACAAUUCUGUUGUUUGUACUGCUUGGAAAGACAGAACUUGAAGCUAAUUGUAAAACUGACUAGGAGGCAGAUUCGGCUUGGACUGCUUAGAGCUAGCCUUGAACUCAGCAUAGUCUAGACAAGCCGUAAACUUGUGAUCUUCCUCUAUCAACCUCCCAAGCUUGAGAUUAGAGCCUGAACCAUCAGGCCUGGCAACAAGUGCUUAAGUGGCCUGGAUGAUUGGUUCCGUAAUUUUGUAAAAUUAAAGACAAAUAUUAAAUCACAGUACUCAUAAAAAAAAAAGUGAGUUCGUGGCCAUCUUAAUGUUAAUCUCUUUAUAACACUCCUAGCCUACCAUGUUCCAUGGCUGUAACAGCCUUCUAAAGAGGUCAAAUCAAGGCAGAGAAGUUGACCCAUUGCUACACAGGAGCCAAGUAUACUUUUUUAGUUUUCAGCACCAUUCUUAGACAUUAGACCACACAAAAUGAUCUGUAUAGCUCAUAAGAUCCUGAAUUUGGUAUGAAGAUGGCUACAUACAUUUAUAUUUAAAAAAAAAGUUUAUCAAAGAAAAGUUUCAAAUCCUGAAGUUUCACUUUAGGAUUCCAUUUAUGGUCACUGUGCUAUUUUAACUGACACAAGUGUGACUCCCAUACAAAAACACUCCCUUCUGAAAAACAGUUCUGUUUAGUAGUGCAUUUCACUUAUGCUACAGGAGGGACGGGGCUGGGGAAAUAUGGAAGCCAUCCAUUGGGCUGGGAACACUCAGGAAACACCUCCCAAACCCAGGAGGAGCCCUGCUGCAAAGCUUUAGCUGAAGUCAGAGGCGGGAUCCAGAGGGGUCCAGAUGCUGAGGCCAGAUGUUACAUGUGAGAGGCUAGGGCAAGCAGGGGAGGUAAGUUCCCUGAGAGCAUCUAGUAACUAGAGGCUGGCAUUAAAUCACCACAGCAACAGGAAGCUUAAAAACGGACUGGAGUCAGGCCAAUGCUAAACGCUUCUGAUCUACCUCGGGUUCCGAACUGCUCCUAUGAGAUUCAGGCAGUGAUGUCACAAGGGAAGAUAUGUGGUCUGCCUACAGUACUGCCUGACUGCUCUUGAAAACAUGGUACAACUGUUCCAAAAGCCCAAAGGAUAGUCAUUACAGAAACCCUUGAUGGGGUCUUUUUUUGUUUCCCCCUAACAAAAUAAUCCCAUCAGCACCAAGUUUCCUGAAUUCACAGAAUCGUGUACCAAAGCAGCAUAUCCCUUGUCCAAUAUUAAAGCUGGAUUAGGAAGAGUGCCUUUGAAAUGCAGCCCCUGGGGGCCUGCAUUGGAAUGGGGGUGUUGUACAUGCUUUUAAUCCUAGCACUCUGGAGGCAGAGGUAAGCAAGUCUCUGAGUUCAAAGCCAGUCUGGUCUAAGAACAACCAGGAGUACAUAGUGAGACCCCGUCUCACAAACAAAAAGGAAAUACAGCCUCUCUGUUUCUCUUCCCAGAGUGUAUGGUGACCCAGAAUAUUCUUCAGCCUGCCUUCUCUGCUCACCAGACUGACUCCAACUAGUGAAAUCAUUGGAAUUUUGUUGCAAAUAAGCAUCCAUCCCACCUUGGAAAGAAAGGCUCUUCUGGUGUGAGAAAAUUGGUUUAGUGCAAACCCCUUCCCAAAAGGGGGUGACUGGUCCCCAAGCUUCCUUCUGUUCCCAGAGCUUAAUUUACUGCUUGCCUCACAAUUUUUUUUAAGACUGCUGUCCAUUCCUGGGAAAUCCUACUAAUCACUGUGUCAGGAUGCUUUCCCAGUCAGCGCCACUUUAAGUGAAUUGUUUGAGGUGGGACAGACCCUAAAUUGGUCCUAUUAAAAAGGUAAGGCAAGAGCUCUGUAGACUCAGGAUGUGAGGAAAAUAGUUUAUGGCUCUCUCAUGUGGAUUCUCUGAUGUUUAACUCAGCAGAAACUCUGAAUUUUUGCUUUUCGCCCAUUACAUUCAAAGGCUUCUCUCCAGUGUGAAUCCUCUGAUGGCGAACAAGAGCUGAGCUAUACCUGAAGGCCUUCCCACACUCGCUACAUUCAUAGGGAUUCUCCCCUGUGUGGAUUCUCUGGUGCUGAAUAAGGCCGGAACUGUAGGUGAACUUCCCUCCACAUUCCAUACAUUCAUAGGGCUUCUCUCCAGUGUGGAUUCUCUGGUGCUGAUAGAGGUGUGAGCUCUGGCUGAAAGCUUUGCCGCACUCAUUACAUUCAUAGGGUUUUUCUCCAGUGUGGAUUCUCUGAUGAUGAAUAAGGGUGGAACUCCUACUAAAGGCCUUCCCACAUUCGUUGCAAGCAUAGGGCUUCUCACCAGUGUGGAUUCUCUGAUGAUGAGUAAGAGUGGAGCUCCAGCUAAAUGUUUUCCCACAUUCGUUACAUUCGUAAGGUUUCUCCCCAGUGUGAAUUCUCUGAUGUAGAAUGAGAGCAGAGCUACAACUGAAGGUCUUCCCACAAUCUUUACAUUCAUAGGGUUUCUCUCCAGUGUGGAUUCUCUGGUGCUGAAUAAGAUGUGCGCUCUGGCUGAAGGCCUUUCCACAUUCACUACAUUCAUAUGGUUUUUCUCCAGUGUGAAUUCUCUGAUGUUGAAUAAGGUCUGAAGUUCGAUUAAAACUCUUGCUACAUUCAUCACA